UUCCGGCUUUAUAUCCGUGCGGUGUGUGUGCCUGGCAUCGCCUUCUGGCACCACUCCUUCCUGUUUCAAUAUAAAUAAUUACUUAGCAUUCAAGUAGCAAGACGAGAUUCGAGGCCCAGCUCUUUGAACAAAAAAGGGCGACAUAUUAGCCCCCCGUCAUUAACCACACAGUAAUUAAUAUCGUCAAGUGAUUCUUCGAAAUGACCGGCUCAAAAGAGCAGGUCUACGCUCCGGGACACCAUCCCUCGCAGACCAAACACCAUGAGUGGCGCACGGCCGAGAACAGCGCCGCCCACCUGAUCCCGCACCUCCAGCGCCUCGGCCGCGAGAGGCCGCACCUCCGCGUGUUGGACGUCGGCGCCGGCUCGGGCACCAUCACGGCCUCCCUGGCCAAGUACCUGCCGCCCGACGGGACCAUCCUGGGGACCGACAUCUCGGACGACAUCCUGGCCCGGGCGCGGGAGCACGCGGCCGCGCAGGGGCCCGACGUGGCCCGGCGGGUCGCCUUCCAGCGCGCCUCCGUCUACGAGCUGCCCUUCCCCGACGGCGCCUUCGACGUCGUGCACGCCCACCAGGUGCUCUGCCACCUGGCCUCGCCCGCCGACGCGGUCCGCGAGAUGGCGCGCGUGUGCGCGCCCGGCGGCGUGGUGGCGCUGCGCGAGGCCGACCUGCGCAUGUGGUGCGCCUGGCCGGCGCUGGACGGGCUGGAGCGGUUUCAGCGGCUCAUGGCCGACGUGCUCGUCGCGAACGGCGGCCAGGCCGAGGGCGGCCGCAGGCUGCUCUCGUGGGUUCUGGAGGCCGGCGCCGAGAGGGGGGACGUGGAGGUCGGCUUCGGGACGUGGUGCUAUAGCGCGCCGGAGGAUCGUAGGGCCUGGGGCGGGUCGAUGAUCAACAGGUUACGGACUGGGCAGAUGCGUGACAAGGGAAUCGAGCUAGGGAUCGUCACAGAAGAGGGCAUCGAGGAGAUGAUCAAGGCUUGGGAAGAGUGGAUUGGGGCAGACGAUGCAACGCUGGGCAUCGUGAAUGGCGAGGUGAUUUGGAAGAAAAAGUAGCACGCGGCGGAAGGGGUUUGAGAUCAAUGCUACCGAGAUACGAGGGGCAUUGAGAUGAAAAUUGAUGAUUUCACCGAUCUUACGGCAACCGAAUUCCGCUCGAGUUGCUGGACAGGGAAACUAUGCCGGGUAAGGAAUGGAAAAAAAGAGUACCUAGCCGCCGAAAGUGCCCUCUCUCUCGUUUCGGUGGCUGCCGGAAGGACAUGGCCGGGAGUCAAAUGAAAGCAACAACCUACCAAAAUUCAGGUACUUGUUUUUUCUAGUGUAGGGUACGAAGUAGUAUACGGACGUACUUUACAAAGACAACUACGAUACAUUCAAGCCUGGUGGGGGCGGGUUGCAGUCGCGGGACUCUAGUCCGUACUCCGUGCUCCGCAUUCCGUAUUUUCAUCUAGAUAAAAAAAUAAGCCUAAGACAGACCGAGACAAU